GAACUAUAUUGUCGUAAAUGUAUAUAUCGUCAAAACAGAGUAGUGAUAUUCUGAGUCGGUGAUGGGGCCACCGUGUGCUAGCUAUUGACGGAUUGUUAAACAAAUACACAGAUUUCAUUGUUUACUUCUCCUGUUUACGAAUACUGCCGAUGCAAAUUUUAACUCACUCACUCACUUAACUCUUACGAAUGCCUCUUCACUGAAUCUGCACAGAACUUGACAACAGAGCUCCAUACAAUCAGCGACUGCAGUGUCGAUAUCAGUGACAAUGGUAUAUUUGUCGUUUUCGAUGAUGACGGUAUCCUGUGUUGUGGCAACGAUCGUGUAUGCGACAUUGAUUACGUCAUGUGUAGGGGCUGCCCAAUUCCAAGGUCACUUGAAACCUCUUGGGAGUUACCCCCCUUUACAUGACAUCCCCGUCAUGGAGGGAAUACCCACCCCCCAGUACUUCUACGAGUGGUUCGUGAGGCCGGGUCAACCUGUGUUACUGAGGUCGGCCUUAAACAACCCUAGCUUCCAGUACCCCGCAUAUAACCUCUGGACGGAUGACUACCUCAGGAGGAGGUUUGGUGACCUGGUCGUUUCAUUCGAACAUAACAAGAAAGAGACGCGUGACGAGAGAGAUGGUGACGAGGGGCCAUUCAAAACGUUCCUGAGUCAAUACAACACAUCCGAUGUGUACCUGGUACUGAACCUGGAGCACAGCAGCGCCAUGGCAGAGGACAUAUUCCUGCCGCCAUUUCUGGCGUGUGGGGGAGCGCAGAAACUGAUGACGUAUUUCCACGUUUGGUUCAGCAGUGGUGGGACGAAGUCCGUGCUUCACUUAGACUCCGUGGACAACGUCAACUGCCUCAUGGACGGCACUAAAGAUUUCAUUUUCAUUGACAAAAGAUAUAAGCCCCAAAUUGAAGCUUCCGGCUUCAAUUCAGAACGAGGCUUUAGCACAGUGGACGUGGACCGGGUGGAUCUUGACAAGUUUCCUGGGUUUAAGUCCGUUCCUUGGCUCAAGGCUAAAAUGAAGAAAGGCGAUUGUCUCUUUAUACCCGCCAACUGGUAUCAUCAGGUGUACUCGCACCAAGGCCGGAAUCUGGCUUCUAACGUGUGGUUCGAUCGCCUUCUGUGGUUCAACAGUACCGACUGUGAGAGGACAACCCCACGCCCCCUAAGUAAGGUGCCACUCAUCACCGCACAAAACUUCAUCAGAAGUGACCUGUUUUCUGGUCUGGAUGGGAAGGACAGCAUCUACGAGUAUGAUUUGCAAUACAUGGUGAAGAAUGUAGAGGAAACCAAGCAGGUGUACCACUAUUUCAACACCGACGGCGACGACCAUGUCUCCUGGGAGGAACUUUACCAGGCCGACGUGGACGACUUCGUCGCCAGGUUCGGUGGCUCGUUAGCGGAGAAGUUCAAGACAACAAUGGAGGACAUUGACGACAAUAGAGAGAACCAGGAUCAAAGCAAGUCCAAGGAGGAACUUUGACCUCUGUGUAUGUACGCUUACAACAAUAAACAUUUAAUUCUCUU